ACAUGAACCUGAUGUCUUAUCUGACUUGUACUGAAACUGUCGCCACAGGGACAACUGUAAACACCAACAUACAGGUCAGAGGUCAGGGCUGAAAUCAGCUGAUGACAUCAGUAAAUAUUGAAACGACACUGACGAGUGUCAUCGUUCAGCCUGUGGACAGAUGAAGGUCGGCUGAAGGUCGUGAUGUAUAAAAACAGGGGCGGAGUUAAAGUCUGACCUCGGAUCGGUUCAGUAUAAAGAGCGGUCGGGACGAGUUUCCUCCAAUUUCUCUCUCUCUCUCUCUCUCUCUCUGUGUUGCUCUGCAUCUCUCACCCAUGAUGAUGAUGACGAUGAUGAUGAUGAUGACGACAGUGUCUGUGUCUGCUGGUCCUCUUCCUCCUUCACUCAGCCACAGCAGACAAGACAUUCAGGACUAUGGGAGUUUACACCAGCUGUUGCAGAACAAGGACGAAAACUCGACCAGAUUCGAGUCUCGUCGGGUCAACGAGACGCAGGACGACGCCAGGAGUGAUGCGAUGUGGAACGACACAGACUCGAUUCCGACCAUUUUUCAUCUCCACCGGAUCAAAGAUCCUGAUUCAGAGAAGAAGAAGACGAUGAAGAGAUAAAGAUCAACAACCUUCAUUUUUUAAUCUGUUCAGACUCAAACUCUGCUCCAGGUCCUAAAACACCUCAGAUCAGCUUUAAUUAUUUCUCCUAUUUGUCAUAUUAAGACGAACACUAUGAAUGACGUUAUUUCAUCACCUCGUUACCUGUCUCACCUUCAUGUUGGCAGCUACACCCUGAGACACUGCCUCCUCCCCACCUGUCUCACUGCCAACCUCGGCUCCUCCCUGCAGUUCGGGGACGAGACAGCAGGCGUCUCCACCAGGGACCCGGAGGGCAUUGGAAAGAAAUAACAUGGAUGACGCAUCGACGUCCUUUAACGGUCCUGAGGGAAUAAUACGUCACAGGAAACAAAAUAAAAAUCUACUCUAUCA